AUGAGCCGACAUCUCCUUGGCAUGCUCUACAUCAUCAAACAAGCUCGGAUCAAGCCAUCCACAUGGAAUGACACCUUGACCAAACCCAAACUCCAGGAGUUUGCUCAUGAAUUCAUCCAGCACCAAGGAAACGAUGACUGCAUCGUGUAUUACGACGAAACAAUUAUCAACUUGUAUUGCAAGCGUAUGUUUGGUGGUGCCAUAAAGAGACAAGGUGCAACGUUGGUUAUGUCUCCGUUGAAGGACCCCAAUCUCUAA